UUGAUAUUGUAGCAUAUGGAAUAGGAAGCAUUCAAGAUUCAAUUAUAUCACAAUAUCAAUUUGCAUUAUUGCUAAUUUUUAAAAAUAUUUUUCAGAUAACAGGAAGAAUUUACACAUUUGAUCCAAAAUUAACUCAAAUUGAUAUUGAAGUUUUAAACCAUUUCGAAGUGGAAUUGAUUAAAACAAAUGAGGCUAAACUUGAUCGUAAAGCUCCUCAUUUAAAAGAUAUGCAACAAAAUCAACAAUGUAUACCUUAUAAUACUUUUAAUGAUUUGUCUAUACAGUGGUUUGCAAUAAAUAAAAUAAAUUCAAAGGAAGGUAAUGAAGAAUGUAAGGAUGAGAAUUUGGAAUUUUGGAAUGUGAAACAAACAACAAAUCUUCCAUCAUUGGGAUUUUCUGAUGAUAUUAUGGUAGAAAUAUUUGUAGCAUAUAAUUGA